CAGCAGCUCACAGAAACCCGAGAGAGGGAAGGAGAGACCACUUUCAGACCAGACCAGCUCCAGGCAGCAAACUGAAACUAUGGUGUCAAUGAAAGUAACAGUGAUGGUGGUGACACUGGUUACUCUUUGUGCCCUGGCGACAAACACACAGGGAGCUUAUAUUUUUUGCUGUAGAAGAUACAUACCUUGGAAAAUACCAUUCUCAGAGAUCAAGGGCUUCUCACUGCAGAAAAGCACAGAAUUAUGUCCGAUCACAGCCAUCAUCUUCCACACAAAGACCGGAAAAAGAUGUGCUGACCCAACUCUUAAAUGGGUGAUGGACUAUGUGAGCCGAAUAGAAAGUUUGGCAAAGAAAAUGUCUGUCUCCAAGUAGAAAGAACAAGCAACAAAGGUUCCAUUGGAAUAACCUGCAGAGGAUGCCGAGGCCAGCUACUGCAAACCUGUUUACAAUAUUCGCUUCGCCUGCUAUCCACAAACAGAAAAGGCUUUGCUGCUUUGUGAACACCAGCUUAAAAAAGCAAAGCUGAUACUGUAAUGCUGUAAAAGCAAUGCUCAUAGUGGCUCAGUUGUAAGAGCACUGUACAUAUUAUAUAUUAUAUAUUAUGCUCUUUAUAUUAAUUUUGUAUUCAUUUUUACACAAAAUAAAGAUUUGCUUUGGAAAGAA